AUGACAAGAAAGACACAACCUUCUAUUUCAGUGUUGUGGUUACUUCUCCUCUCCAUUUGGGUCUCUCUGGGUGAUGAUGAAUUGAGGCUAGUUAACGGACCUGAUCCCUGUGCUGGGAGAGUGGAAAUAAAGCAUGAUGAGCAGUGGGGGACUGUAUGUGAUGGUGACUGGAAGAUAGAAGAUGCUGAGGUUGUUUGUAAGCAGCUCGGAUGUGGAUCUGCUGUUCAGGCUCUUAACCGAGCUCCUUUUGGAGAAGGAUCUGGACCAACAUGGCUGUAUCGAGUUGAUUGCCGUGGUGAUGAAUCUGCUCUCUGGAACUGUUCAAAUCCAGGAUGGGGUGUAUUUAACUGCCCUCACUAUUUUGAUACUGGAGUGAUCUGCUCAGGUUUCUCUGGGCUGCAUCUGACAGGAGGGGACAGUGCCUGCUCAGGACAUCUGGAAGUAAGGAAAGAAGAAAGCUGGGCUAUGGUCUGUUAUUCACAUAUUGAUUUCAAAGCUGCUUCUGUUAUAUGUAAUGAGUUAGAGUGUGGCCAGGCUGUAGGUGUCUUGAGAGGAACUCACUUUGAAGCAGGACAUGAGCUGAUCUGGCAGGAAGAGUUCCAGUGUAUCGGGAAUGAGACUCACCUCGCACAUUGUGCCAAGAUUUUGCACCACAGUAAGACAUGUUCCCAUGACGCCAGUGUUUUAUGUUCAGGCUAUGGCGGGUACAGACUGGCAAAUGGCACUACCACAUGUUCAGGGAGAGUAGAACUUCUUCAUGGAGGCAUGUGGGGAAUCCUUUGUGACUACACGUGGGACCUUCCAGCUGCCAAUGCCCUUUGCCAACAGCUGGACUGUGGAGUUGCUCUAUCGAUCCCAAGUGGACAAUACUUUGGGGUAGGAAAUGGGUCCUUCUGGAAUGGCACAUUUGGAUGUGAAAAGAAUGGCUCAUGGCCGAGAGAUUGUCGUGUCAGUAGGCUGGGUCACACUGACUGCCCUGCUGGAAAAGAUGCUCGUGUGGUGUGUUCAGGGUGUUCAGGGGCUAGGUUGGUGAAUGGCACCACAUGCUCUGGAACAGUGGAGAUCCGACAUGGAGACAAAUGGGGAAGACUUUGCGGCUUCCACUGGAGUCUGCAAGCUGCCAGUGUCCUCUGUAAUCAGCUGAACUGCGGCUACGCAAAGUCCAUUGAAACAGGACAGCGCUUUGUGGGUGGAAAUGGACCUGUAUGGAGGGACGCUUUCCAUUGUGAAGGAACUGAGUCCUGCUUAUGGGACUGUGCUCACAUGACUUUGGGCAAUCCUUCCUGUUCAGCCGGAGAAGCAGCCACUGUUGUUUGCUCAGGCCUUGCUGAAUCACUCAGACUUAUAGGUGGAGAGAGCCGCUGUGACGGACGAGUUGAAAUCUCACUCUAUGGCAUGUGGAAAAGAAUCCUGGAUGAUGACUGGGRCAUUAAAGAUGCUCAUGUGGUGUGCAGACAGCUGCAGUGUGGAAUUGCCAAUAAAGCYUACUACCCUUCAAGGUCUGAACGAGGGACGGGUCUUGUUGGUUUAAGAAGUGUUCAGUGUUCUGGAAAUGAGACUCAGCUGAUGCUCUGCAAGACCUCCUAUUCUGAAACAGUGCCAGUAGGAGUUGCUGAGGACGUUGGUGUGAUAUGCUCAGGGAGCAGGCAGAUCAGGCUGGUGAAUGCGACAAAGCGCUGUGCUGGGAGAGUGGAGCUUUAUCAUGACGGCAUCUGGGGAACCGUUUGUGAUGAUGCCUGGGAUCUAUCAGAUGCCAACGUUGUUUGCAAACAGUUGGGAUGCGGGCAUGCCAUCAAGGCUUUUGCCUCUGCUCAUUUUGGAGAGGGCUCAGGGYACAUCUGGCUGGAUGAUGUGAACUGCACUGGGGAUGAAUCUGAUCUCUGGGAAUGUUCCUCCAGGGGAUGGGGCAAGCAUAACUGCCGACACAAAGAAGAUGCUGGAGUCCUCUGCUCAGAGUUCCUGUCUCUAAGGCUGGUGAAUGGCAAUGACUGUGCUGGGCGGCUGGAAGUUUUCUACAAUGGGACAUGGGGAAGCAUUUGCUCCAAUCGAAUGUCUCAACUCACUGCAAUAACUGUAUGCAGACACCUGAACUGUGGAGAUGUUGGAGAAAUUGCAGGAGACUUCCAGUAUGGCAGAGGUUCUGGGCCCACAUGGCUAGACCACAUUGAGUGCUCUGAGCAGCAUAGCUCUCUCUGGCAAUGUCAGUCAGACCCCUGGCAUCCUCAGUCAUGUGAUAAUCGAGCAGAAGAGACACAUAUUUCUUGCACUGGAAGAAAAAGGGUAGUGACUCCAUUCGCAUUUGUCGAAUGUCCAAACUCUACAAGUUGUACAGAUAGGGAGAAGUUACGUGUCACAGGAGGAGAAGAUGGGUGCUCAGGCAGAGUGGAGAUUUGGCAUCAAGGCUCUUGGGGAACAAUCUGUGAUGAUUCCUGGGACAUGGCAGACGCUAAGGUUGUAUGCAGACAGCUGGGUUGUGGAUCUGCUGUCUCUGCUCUGAGUGAAGCUGCUUUUGGGAAAGGGACUGGUCCCAUCUGGUUGGAAAAAGUGCACUGCAAAGGGACAGAGCUGUCUCUUUGGGACUGUCCUACCCAGUUUUUAUCCAACAAGAAUUGUGAUCAUAAGGAAGAUGCUGCAGUGGAUUGUUCUGGUGUGACAGAAACAACAUCAUCACCCACUACAGCAGAUCAGCCCCGUCGACCUGUAAAACAGAGUGAGAGAGUCACAACACCUGUCAUUCUCUGCAUUAUCCUGGGGAUCCUUCUCUGCCUGGUGCUUGCCAUUCUCUGCAGACAGUUCCAGAGUGCCAGGGCACAGAAGAGAGGCUACUUUAACCCCUUCUCGGAAGCCGUCUAUGAAGAAAUCAAUUAUAACCUGACGAGGGAGAAGCAGCAGAUGACCGCCCUUUCAGAAGUCCUUUCACUGUCUGGAAAUACUCUGGAAGAUAAUUAUGAUGAUGUGACAGAAGCUCCUGAACCAAAAGAUGAUCCUCUCUCUGAGAAUAAUGAUCAGGAAAUCAUUGUGGUCACUGAAGAUACUGAUGGAAAUGGGGAUUCACAGACUGUUUGGAAUCCUCAUGCACCAGGAAACAGGACCUCUGAGACUGAGAAAAAGGGUUCAUCCCCUCAUCUUGAAGAUACAUCUUAUGACGAUAUUGAAGAGCUGGAUCACUGA